UUUUUUGUCUCUUUUUACAGGUUGCAAUGGUGGAAGUUCAGCUAGAUGGAGAAUAUGCCUAUCCAACCGGUCUGUUGAUUGCCUUUAGUGCAUGCACAACGGUGUUGGUCGCUGUUCAUCUCUUCGCGCUCAUGAUAAGCACGUGUAUUCUUCCCCAUAUCGAAGCUGUUAGCAAUGUCCAUAAUCUCAACUCUGUCAAAGAAUCCCCACAUGAGCGGAUGCAUCGGCAUAUUGAACUAGCCUGGGCCUUCUCCACAGUCAUUGGCACUCUCCUGUUCCUGGCAGAGGUUGUAUUGCUGUGUUGGGUAAAAUUUCUCCCAGUGAACAGUCCAAAAUCCUCUGUAAACGAUUCUUCCAUCAGCCCAGGAAAGGCAGCUGCGAUUGCAUCAACGUCCAUCAUGGUCCCAUUUGGAGUAAUUUUUAUCAUUUUUACUGUUCAUUUCUACAGAUCAUUAGUUAGCCAUAAAACAGACCGGCAGCUGAAGGAUUUAACUGAACUUUCAGAGCUUGCUCAACUUCAGAAUCAGUUAGACCAUAGAGGAGACUCUGGACAAUAUCAUCCUGGUCAUUAUGCAUAAAUAUUAAAGUGCCAUAAAACAUGUUGAGAUAUGUGCAUAUCCUAAAAGGGCUAAUUAAGUUAAAAUAGUUUGCAUUAAAAAAAUGUUUAAAAAUUGCUGACAAGUAUUUUAAAAUAAUUUUCAAAAUCGGUUACAUAGCCAUGCUGUCUGCAGUAGUCUGAUCCACCACCCCUUAUCAGUGUUUAGCUUCAGUAACACAGGCAUCAUAUUUCAACUGAGUUCACAGCAGCUUAGUUGCUUCUAGGUAUGCUACAGCAGAUGAGUGUUAAAGUCUUGUAUUCUACCACACAAAGGUGGAUAUAGAUACAGCCAUAAAAGGAAUUGUGUGGGGGGAGUUAGAGCUGUACAAUUCUGUAACUUAAAAGAAAGGUUAAUGGCGAGGCACUGCAGUAUAAAUUUGCAGGUAAAGUAAUUAAAGUACAUAUUAUUAUAAUUUGUCGCUAUCCCAACGUGUUUUAUGUCCUUUAAUAUACCUUUUAAAGGGGUUAAUGUAUGUUUUGUUAUAUUGAAUACAGUUCAUAAACUGUCGGAUUGACGUUUCCGUACUGUGUAGUUCCUUUUGAAAUACAACAUGCACUGUUACCACUGUAAAAUAUUAAGCAGAUUGUAAUACUAGGGAUUUUGCUACUGGCCCUCAGCAUGCUGCGUUGUGUCUAAAGGAGAAAGUAUCUUUCUAUACUUCCAGUCCACCAAAGAGUCUGCUCUUUACUAAAGAACGUACCCCUAUAAAGGUGCUUGCCAAGGCUUACACUGUAUGUGCCAAACUUCAGUUUAGAAAAGACAAGUCGUGGACCAAUCUUGAAGUAGACAGAAGUCUGGAAAUGAGUACUCAAUAUUCAAGCACAUGCAGCUAAUUUUUAUGUAGCCACACAAAGUAUAAUCCUGCUUCUGUAAUGUUUGCCUCUUCCAUAAGGGCAAGCAAUUUAUUGUUUUGCAUGUCACUGCAGGUCAGACUUUUAAGUAGCAUGCAAAGGAUUUAAGUGUAAUUCAAAUGCAUGCAUCACUUACCUUUUUGAUUCACUGGAUUGCUUUUGAGUUUUAAAUAUUAGUGUGUGUGUGUUUGUGUAUAUAUGUGCAUAAAGAAGUGUUUAUUUUCUCAGCUUUUGUAAAUCACACAUUUUUAUAGAUCUUUUUCAUUUGGAACGUCAACCUUAUUGCUGCAAGUGCCUUCAGUGCAUCAUUUUAGUGCACUGAUAGUUUUGCCAUUACAAAAUAUUUUAUAAGUACCAAAUUUGUAUCGAUUUUCAGUGUAUAAAAUACCAAUUUACAAUAUUACCAUGCUCUUUUCACAUAGCAAAGACAACAAAUAUGUGUUAGUAGAAAUGGUUCAAGGGAUACAGUUAAUAUUUAAGUGAGCAUCAUAGUUAAAACAAAACCUUGUUUGUGAGAUAUAUAUAUAUAUAAAAAGAAAGAAAAUAAUUAAAUCAUGGAUUUAAAAAAGAUGUAAAAAAAGGGUUCUGUAGAGGAUACCCAAAGUAAAUUCAAAACCUUCAGGAUAUUAUAUUUAGUUCCAAGCAUGUGGAUCUAUUAUAUCAGUUAGUCUAAACAUAAUCUUCAAUAGGCAGCACGUAUCCUAAUGUUUCUUUAAAAAAAAAAGUGGAGCAAAUUAUUUCUCUGUAAACCAUAAACAGAGUCCAGUAAAAUGCCCACUCACAAAAGUUGCAGUACUCCUUUAUGCUGACAGACAGGUGUUCUCACAAUUUGUUCCCCAGCAGUGAAACUGGUCAGUAGCUCAAUAAAAGACUUAUAGGGACAGUCCAGUCAAAAUAAAACUUUCAUGAUUCAGAUAGGGCAUUCCAUUUUUAAACAACUUUCCAAUUAACUUUUAUCAUCCCAUUUGAUUUGUUCUCUUGGUUUUCCUUGUUGAAAGCUGAA